AUGGAGCAAAAAUUGCAAUUAUUAAAUUCAAGCAUCCAAGUCGAUCCCCAUAAUCCUCAGAUUCCUUUGACCUUAAGGCAUUUGAAACUUGAAAUUUUUAAUGAAUUAGCUGUAAAUAGAUUAGGAACAGAAAAGUUAGCUUUACAUUUCUGUGAAUUGGAAGUCACCUAUUUAUUAAUUUCAAAACAAAUAGAAAAUUUUGAAUUAGCAAUAGAAAGAUUAAUGAAAUUUUACAAUUAAGGUCUUGAAAGUAAGGAUAAAGCUCACUACACUGGCAUCUACUUAAUUUAUUUACUAUCCUUUAAUAAAUUUGCGUAAUAUUAUUCUUAGAUUGAAUUAUUGCCAAAAGAGAUAUUCUAACACCCUUUUGUUCAUUUUGUACUCUAAUUAGAAUAUAAAUUGAGCAUAGGAAGUUAUUCUGAUCUUUUAGGUGAUUAUCAUCCAACAGGGAUUGAGAAUGUAUUCUUAGAAAGAAUUAUGGACACUAUCAGAUUAUAAACAGCUUUAAGUGCCAAUGCAUCUUACAAAUUUCUAACUCUAGAAAAUGCUAUUAAAUUAUUUAAUGUUAAAACUAUUCAAGAAUUAUAAUCAUUUGCUUAAAAAUAACAUUUCAAAUGGAAAUUUGACAAUAAUCAUAUUUAUUUUGACAAUAUUCAAAAUAUAGAGAAUCCUUUAAAUUCAGAAUUUUUGAUAGCUAAUUCCUUAAGAUAUGUUCAUGAGUUUGAUAAAAUAAUAUGAAAACUUGAGUUUUUUAACUUUUUAAUAAUAUAAAUUUUAAUGUUUCCAAUUAAUAUA